UGUGUGCGCGCGAUUUCUCUGACAAGCGCAGCGCGAGCACACUAACAGAGGGCAACAGCUGAAAAACAAUCAAACAAAACAAAUAAACAAAUAGGAGCUCCUGCUCGCGGAUUAACACCCGGACAGCACCGGAUUAUUUGGGGAAGUGUUUUAUUUUGUUGGAGCAUGUAAACGGACAGACUCCGGGUGAAGAUGACAAACACACGCGCACUGAACCGGAUUGUGCCCCGGUGUGCACUGAGGCCCCAGCUGUGCCCGCUGCUGCCAGAUGUGCCGUUAGCUUAGCAUCAGAUUCGGACUGCAAAUGCUAAAUCUGAUUAGCAUAACUACUAGGCAAUUAGUUUGGCUAAUCACAGCUAGCCAAUUAGCAGAACCGCAAGCAUCUGAGGUGUUAGCUUAGCCGGCUAAUCACAGUUAGCUAGCUGGACAAUUCCUCAGUAUUAGCUCGGCUAAUUAGGCGAUUAGCAUAACUGUGGGAGCUAAUUACGGUUAGCCAUUUAAGAUUUACACUAAAAGUCAGUAAGAGGAGUAACUGAAGAAAACUAAAGGUUUUAAUUAAGUAACUCAUCAUAUCUAAGUUAGUCAGUUAGUUAGUUAGUUAGCCGGUGGCUAUCUCGUGCUGAGCGGGCUGCACUGAGCGCGCAGGCCGAUGAGGAGAGCUCAAACCCGGGCACGGGCCACGGCGUCGCUCCGCAGGCAUGCAGCAGCCCGGAUACGACUUCUCCAGCGAGGAGAACAGCUCCAGGUGGAGAGGCCUGUUCGUGCCGGCGCUCAGAAAGGUGCAGUUACAGGUCCAUCCAAAUCUGUCUGCAAAUGAAGAUGCUCUGCAGCACAUCGAGGAGCUCAUACUGCAGCUGCUUAACAUGCUGUGUGUCAGUCAGCCCAGAACUGUUUCUGAUGUGGAGGAGCGCAUCCAGAAGACGUUUCCGUACCCCAUAGAUAAGUGGGCCAUGUCUGACGCUCAGUCAGCUAUAGAGAAGCGCAAGCGCAGGAACCCUCUUCUCUUUCCUGUGGACAAGAUCCACCCUUUACUGAAGGAAGUGUUGGGCUAUAAGAUCGACUACCACGUCUCUCUGUACAUCGUGGCCGUGUUGGAGUACAUCUCAGCUGAUAUCCUCAAACUGGCUGGGAAUUAUGUGGGAAAUAUCCGACACUAUGAGAUCAGCCAGCAGGACAUAAAAGUCUCCAUGUGUGCAGAUAAGGUGCUGAUGGACAUGUUUGAUCAGGAGGAGGUGGGUCUGGUGUCUCAGUGUGCAGAGGGAAACUCAACCACAGGUGUGCUGAACUACGAUGACCUGGUGCGGUUGGAGAUGGCUGAGGAACGGCAGUACCUGCGUGAUCUUGACCUCAUAAUUAAGGUGUUCCGAAGAGCCUUCCUGUUCAACAGCAAACUCUUCAGCCCACAGGAUGUGGAGCUGGUUUUCAGUAAUAUUUUGGAGGUUCAUGAGCUGACAGUGAAGUUGUUAGGUCUGAUUGAAGACGCAGUGGAGAUGACUGAAGAUGGCAGUCCUCACCCACUGGUUGGCAGCUGUUUCGAAGACCUUGCAGAGGAACAAGCCUUUGACCCCUAUGAGACUCUGUCCCAGGACAUUCUCUCCAAAGAGUUUCACAAUCACUUCAGUAACCUGAUGUCCCGCCCCACUGUGGCAUUGCACUUCCAGUCGAUUGCUGAGGGUUUUAAGGAGGCUGUGCAGCAUGUUCUUCCCCAGCUGAUGAUGAUUCCUGUGUAUCACUGCAUGCACUACUUUGAACUGCUGCAGCAACUGCAGGAGCGGAGUAUAGACCAUGAUGAUCGGGAGCAUCUGAAACAGGCUCAAACGGCUCUGCUGAACCUGCAAAGCAGCAUUGAGCGCAUCUACAGCAAAAAACCUCCCCGCCGCAAACCAGGUGAACCUCUUUAUUGGCUAUAUAGCCGAACGAUUCGUAGUAAGCAUCUGGCCAUAAAGCGCAUGAGUGAGAUCCAAAGGAGCAUCGAUGGCUGGGAAGGCAGAGACAUUGGUCAGUGCUGCAGCCAGUUCAUCCUGGAGGGUCCGCUUGUACGUGCCGGUGCCAAGCAUGAACGCCACAACUUUUUGUUCGAUGGACUGAUGAUUAGCUGCAAGGCCAAUCAGAGCUCACGAAUGCCGGGGGCAGAGUUCCGGCUGAAGGAGAAGUUUGUGCUGCGUAAGUAUCGUGUGGUGGAUCGCGAGGACUCACAAGAUCUGCGCUUCGCCUUCGAGCUGGUGGGGCGCGAUGAGGGCGGGGCUGUGUUCUGCGCACGCUCAGCUGAGGAGAAGAGUGCUUGGAUGUCGGCGCUCUUCAUGCUGCAGUGUCGAAGUACUCUGGACCGCAUGCUGGAUGCCGAACUACAGAAGGAGGAGGAGGAGCAGCCAUUGCGUUUGCCAUCUCCUGAUGUGUACCGCUUCACCGUGCAUGACUCGGAGGAGAACAUUGUGUUUGAGGAGCACAUGCAAAGCAAAACCGGCAUCCCCAUCAUUAAAGCGGGGACUGUGGAAAAACUCAUUGAGAGACUCACCUACCACAUGUAUGCAGAUCCAAAUUUCGUGCGUACGUUUUUGACGACCUAUCGUUCUUUCUGCAAACCACAGGACCUCCUCACACUCCUCAUUGAAAGGUUUGAGAUCCCUGAGCCUGAACAGUUGGAGGCGGAACUUGAGUCGAUGUGGAACGGGGAUCAGCCAAUGGCAGCUGAGCUCCAGAGAUUCCGUAGAGAAUAUGUGCAACCUGUCCAGCUCAGGGUUCUAAAUGUGUUUCGUCAGUGGGUGGAGCAUCAUUUCUAUGACUUUGAGAAUGAUCCAGAACUACGCAUCAGACUGGAGGAUUAUAUCACCAACCCAAUGCAGCUCAGAGGAAAGUCUGUGCGUAAGUGGGUGGUGUCCAUUAAUAAGAUCAUUAAGCGGAAGAUGCAGAUGCAGCCAAAUGGCAUCAGUCAUAACAUUACCUUUGAGGUUCCACCGCCUCCUGUCGAGUGGCACAUCAGCCGGCCCGGCCAGAUCGACACCUUUGACCUCAUGACCCUUCACCCGAUUGAGAUCGCACGUCAGCUCACGCUGCUGGAGUCUGACCUGUACAGGGCUGUGCGUCCAUCCGAGUUAGUGGGCAGUGUGUGGACUAAAGAGGAUAAAGAGAAGAACUCGCCCAACCUGCUGAGGAUGAUCAGACACACCACCAACCUCACACUCUGGUUUGAGAAGUGUGUGGUGGAGGCAGAGAAUUUGGAGGAACGAGUGGCGGUGAUGAUUAGGAUAAUUGAAAUUCUGCAGGUUUUCCAGGAGCUCAACAAUUUUAACGGCGUUUUAGAGAUCGUUAGCGCCAUCAACUCCGUACCUGUUUACCGCCUGGAGCACACUUUUGAGGCUGUGCCAGAGAGGAAGAAGAGGUUUCUGGAGGAGGCAGUGGAGCUCAGUCAAGAUCAUUUUAAAAAGUAUCUAGCCAAACUCAAAUCCAUCAACCCACCGUGUGUGCCUUUCUUCGGUAUCUACCUGACCAACAUCCUGAAAACGGAGGAGGGGAACCCGGACUUCCUGAAGCGUCAUGGUAAAGAUCUAAUCAACUUUAGCAAGAGACGCAAAGUGGCUGAGAUCACUGGGGAGAUCCAGCAGUACCAGAACCAACCGUACCGUAUUGCGGUCGAAAAUGAUAUCAGGAGGUUCUUUGAGAACCUGAACCCCAUGGGCAGUAUGACUGAGAAGGAGUUCAGUGAUUAUCUAUUUAAUAAAUCUCUGGAGAUCGAGCCACGCAACAGCAAACAGCCUCCGCGAUUUCCCAGGAAGACAUCUUACCCCCUGAAGUCCCCGGGGGUGCGUCCUGUGAGGCAGGUGACGACCGGAUGUGGGAAUCGAGGUCACCCUGCGCCGUUAGAGCGUGACCCAUUGCCUAAAAUCACCUUCAGGAGCAUUGCCGAGACCGAGACAGAGAGCAUGACCUCACUGCCCACUUCCCCCAACACACCCGCCCAGACACCCCCCCCUUCCGCUUGCUCCGAGCUCAACUCUGUCUUCAUAGAGCAUGAAACCUGUGGUACCAGUAUUUUUGCUACUGUCAUGCUGCCUCCCUCCAAGUUUCACUCGGUGUCCUGUGGCAGUUUGCAUCAGCUGGGUGAAGAGCUUCUGAAACCUCCACCACUGCCCCCCCGCAGGAAGGAUGCAUACUCAGAGAGCAAGUUAAGUUCUAGAUCAGAAAGUCCACCCGCGGUUCCACCUCGGCUGAGAACUCCUCUUCCUCUCCCUUCUCUUCCUCGUUUCACACGUGGAAUUAGCGAGCAGACAGAUGGUUCCUCAAGCCCCCCACCACCUCCACCCCCACGUGACCCCAUUCCAGAAGUGAUGCCCCCCAUACCGCAGCGACCCCCUGAGAGCUUCAUCAACUGCCCCAUGAACCCCGCUGUGUCUCCAGUGGGACGCAUUCAUUGGGAUUACUGCAGCUCGCCCUCGUCCCCCUGCACCCCGCCAGGCACGCCCUCCCCUCGCCUCCCAUUUCCCCCCCCGGGCACCCCGUCCCCCCGCAUUCCUCGUCGUCUCUGCCCCUCCCCUGGCCCUGCUGUCCCCAGCCCGUGCCACCUGCCCCCUCCUAUUCCACCUAGACACAACUCCACGCCCCCCACCCUGCCCAAACUGCCCCCAAAGACUUACAAAAGAGAGUUGUCUCACUCCACACACACUCUCUCUCCACCAUCCAUACACACAUUGUCAGACAGCAGCCAGUGAGCAUGAGCCAUCAGAUUACUGCUGAGUCAAGAAGAGGUGGAGCUGUUCCAGUGUCCUGGCACUUAGAAAAAAGAAUUAAUUAAACUCCUUUGUGACUGGAUGGACAGUUUAACUUCGCCCCGCCCACUUUGGCCCAGGGACAGGUGCUUGAGGACAUGUGGUGUGUGUAACUUUUGUAUACACUGUUCACUAAUCAAGCCCAUGUUUGUAAGAAACAGAACUCUCAGAACUUUUCAUUUUCACUCUCUGGGUCAGUGCUGAUUGUUACACAGGCUAAUGAUGUCACAUGGAGCCUGAACAGUGAUUGGAUGUUAGAGAUGGAGGACUCUCACUGCUGUUCUUUAUCAUGGCCAAAGUCUUAACUGCUGCUUGGGGAGGUCAGAGGUCAAAGGUGAUUGACCCCUGUACCAAGUCCCUUUUAAGCUGCCUUGUUCUUACAGCCAUGAUCUUUGACCUGAGACUGUGCCAGCCAUGAACUUUUGACCCUUUGCUCAGAGCAGCGGACUCCACGGUUCGGAGUGUGGUGUGGCUGAACUGUGUCUUUAUUUAAAGCCAUUACACCACCAAGAUGAUGUCUUAACACCACAAACAGUACAGUUCCCUUCAAUGAUUGCCUGUUGUGAAUAUGUGUGCAUUGUUAGGAAGGGGAGCUUCUUAUUGCCUGAUGACGACGACAUCCGAUGUGCCUUUUACACUGUUACUGAACAAAAGUGACUUUCACCAUGCCCAGAACAAAUUGUACACUACAGCUAGGUGUGUGUGUGUGUGUGUGUGUGUGUGUGUGUGUGUGUGUGUGUUCUGUUCAGUAUUUUUUCUGCUCUUAUGUCCUCAUUCUGCGCUACACAAACCCAAAAACACAACACGCCUUAAUAGCACGCUCGCUGACAAUCGUAGCAUUUCCCUCAGUGCUCGCUCUCGCUCUCUUUUCUCUCUCUCUCUCGCUCUCUCAUUUACUUUACACACAUACGUAACAAAGCCAUCCACAACUUUUACACUUUUAGUUAAGUGUUCAUCUAAAUAAAAGUGUUUACAGAUCCUGCUCUGUUAAUCCGGUCGGAUCUCAAACUGCACAUUAGACACUGCCAAAUUGGUAUCUCGUAGCGGCACACCCUUAUUUUAGAAUCCUACCAUUCAGUGUACUACUUAUGCAAUUUGGGACAUGUCAAUGACCCAUGGCAAUGAUGGGUUAUGUCCCAAACUCUCCUAAUAAAAUACUCCUGUACUAAAUAAUACACCAACAGAGGUACAUACUCUAGGCAAAGGUUAAUUAUAAACCCCUUGUUAGCUUCUGACUACUUCUUGUGGCUGUGUCCCAAACCACAUACUAGUGUAUUAAACACUUUUUUAAAGUGUUCACAAUAUUUUUAAUAUGCUAUUUAGUGUACUGUUUAAGGCUUGAGAGAUAACAUAUAACUCAUGUUUUCUGAACUCACCGGUUUAACAAAUGUAUAAAUAAAACCAAAUGUGGCGUACUAUUUUGACGUAUUAUGUAGUAUUCUAUUUAUGCUACGUAUGUGGUUUGGGAUUGGAUAUACUAAUGUAAUGAAUAGUAUUAUCUGACAUCUGGCUGUGUCCCAAACCACUAUUAAUGCACUAAACUUUCUAAAGUCGUACACUGUUAAUAGUGUACUAUUUAUAAAAUUUGGGAUACUAUGGAAAGAUAACUAAAGGCUAAAUUAUUUCUGAUCUAAGAACUGAUUUCUGACCCAAACCACUACUCAUGCACUAAAUAGUGACCAAAGAUGGAGUUUAUUCGUUGAGCGCACUACCCACCGCACUCUUUUUACAUCAUCCUUUAUAAACACAGUCAUGUGUCAUGUCCUAAUUCACACGCUAGUGUGCCAUGUAGCUACAAAAGUACUGCACUAUUUCAGCGUACAUAGAUAUACAUAUGUACAGGUAGAUAGAAACACACACACAUGCAUGCAUACGCACACACACUUCUGUCUGUUAUAGAGGGGAGUGCUGAUGGGCUGACACACUGUACUGUGUGUGUGUAUGUGUGAGGUGGUGGUGGUGAUGAUUUGUAGCCUUGUUUUAUUUCUUUUUUAUUUACACUAUAGGGUCGUACUGUUAAGGAGGUGUCCUCAGGUUACAUGCAUCUCACCCUCAACAGUCACUGUGGUUUGUUUGUGUCCCAAACCCCUCAUUAGUGCCUGCUGUUGCUCCCUGCAUGCUCAGUCCUAACACAGCACAUGUCUACAAUCAGAGCUUAGACACACAGAAGUGUUCAUAUCAAUAAUGUCCAUCUCCCUACCUAGUGUCCUACCUAGUGUCUGUAGUGCUUAAUUACGACAUAGUGCCCUAACCAGCUUGCAUGCUAAUUGUGUAAACUCUGCCCACUUUCUGUGUUCACUUAAUGUUUUUCCAGCGCUGUAACACUUUACCAGCCUGCAUGCUUACUGUAGUGCCUCCUGUAAUCUAGUGCCCUUAUUCAGCAUUUGGGACACAGCUGGACUCUCUGCCUCACACGUAAUUCAUUCUCCCUCAGACAAGUCCGCUUGAUAUUUUUAGCCUUAGAUUUUGCCCUUGAAUGGUCUGUUGAUGUCAUAUCAUGUUAUGGUUUGUUGUGUGUGUGGUUGGUUGGUUUAGGGGUGUGGCUUGUAUCCUGUUCUCUGUGGGACUCAUUAAUAAACAGCCAGUCUUAUUUUGUACAGAA